GUGACCCCAGUCCGCGUUGUUUUCCUCCGGUUCCAGGGUGACGAUUUUUGGCAGGAUUUCUGGUAUAAAUGUGAUGUUGGAUCCUCGAAUUUGGUCGUAAUUUGUAUCGAAAAUGCCGCAGAAGGCUUUGAAAGUUGCAGUGGACUUGACUGUCCAAGCUGUCACCUGUCCAGGUACAGUUCUUCGAGAGCGGGAAGACGUCUACAUUAGCAUCCACUUUUUGGGGUAUCAGAAGAGAACCCUGUGCUUGCCUCCAAUCUUUCCUCUCCUCUUCCACCAAGUGAUCAGGUUUGAAAAAACUUUCAUCAACUGCAUAGACCCUGCCCACUUGGCCCACCUUCUGGAAGAUGAACGCAUCCUGAUUGAGCUCAUCCAACUCAACGAAGACUACAGCGAAGAGGGGACGGUGCUGGCUUACUUUUACGAGCCGGCCAAGGACUUCCUGUACCCUCAGAGCACGCUGGUGUCCGCCUUUGCGGACUCAGAGCGUGAAGUGCUGAUGAACCGGACUUUGUGGUUUAGUGGCAUCGCUCCAAAGCUGGAGUUUUCCUGCAGCACAACGGUGAAGGACUGCAGCAUGGCCCGUCUGUCCCGAUACAAUGAACUGUCGGCCCGGCAAUCUGCAUCAGAUGAGGACUUCCUGACCGUGACCACAGACCGGCAACCUCGAAGGAGAACAAGGACUAAGAGCUACGAGGACACCACCAUAUCUUGGAGGAGCAAGUCUCCGUCACGAAGCAGGAAGAGGGACAGACUUGGCAACACAUCGCUGGAAGACAGGCCACCAUUCAUCAUCAAGAGAGGAGACUCCCACAACCGUGCUAGCUCACCGAACAAGUCUGUGUCGUUCGGCACUUCCCCCUCCAGGCCCAUUUCAGCACCGCCGCCUGCCGGUGGACUGUCCUCCUUGUCCUCGUCAUCUGCAAGAAGACAAAGCCCCAAAAGGAAAGCCGCUUCUGGGAGAUCAUCAAGCUACGUUUCCGAGAAUGAUUGCCGAAUCUGCCGAAUCUUCAAGCGUUAUAAUGGCAGGAGGUACUGGGGUCACAGGAAGAACUUCCACCCUAACCAUGGUAUCAAGCUCAGACCUUCCAAGGAUUCAGACGCACUGGUAGAUGAGGCUGACUUGUGGCUUGACCGGGUCGUUCAGUCAGAGAUCAGCAGUGACACUCGAGAUAUACUUGACGGAAUCAAUGACCUCAGUCUAACUGGGAGGUCGUUGGAUCCGUUGCCUGGCUUGGAUGUGUCGUACGGUCGAUUACCAUACUCUCCCCGGCUGUCAAGAUCCAGGUCUCCGUCCAGAUCACCCAGAGCAAGAACGCGAUCGCUGAGCCCCAUCACGCUGUCACCUCACAGACGAUCUCGAUCCCCCAGCCCCAUCCUCGCUCGCUCCUUGUUGAGAGACAGAUACGGAGACAAUGAUCUGGACACAUCAAAGCUCAUCCACAAACGGGUUCGAAGGGCACUGGAACAUAAUUUUCAUUCAUCCGACUCUGACAUUUCUUCAGUGACCUCAGAGGAAGCCCUCGCUGACCUCUCGGCCUCACUGCGCAGCGAGAACAGGGAGUCCCUACGCAGGUCCCUUCUGGAGAAAACCGAUCGGAGUGUGUCCGUGCACAUUGACAAUGGGGACUACUGGUCCACUCAGAGUCAAGAAUACACAGGCAAGACUCACCGGCAGCUGUUUGACGAUACCAUGAGCAAGAUAUAUCGCCGUCUGUAUAGAAAUAUCAAAGACUCAACCUAAGCCUGGCCGUCUUUGUGGUCCACACCAUUUUAUUUGAUUUAAAAUUAUUUAUGCACUGUGUGAGACAACUGACAAGUCUAAGGACACCUAAGGUGAAAAUGAUUUAAUGUAGAAACAAAGCAUCCCGGUUGAAGCUGUGGUUAAGUAAACCAAGGGCAGUAAAAUCUUUUUGUACUCAACAGAAAGAGAUUUUUGUAGGUAGUGUUGUGUAGUUGUUUCUACACAAUUUACAUGCUAAGGAAGUCACUCCACUUAUACAGUAGACAAUGUUCGUUGAUACCUCUUCCCACGCUGCUUGAAGAGUCCAGAGAAAGAUUUUUUCUAAGUUUUUUUCAGAAUAAAAAGGCUUAUUUUACGAGCACAAGUACUGUGCCAUCGUUGUAAAUAACCAGUUGUUAAUGUCUGUGUUUUGAAGUUAAUAGUAAAAUUGUCCAGAUGAGCCUAGUCAGUGAAUGAGAAUCUGUUUAUUGUAUUGUUGAUUUUCUGUGAAAAGUUCAGAUUGUUUGAGAUUAUUUUGUAAUUGAAAUGUGCAAAAGAAUAAGAGGGAAUAACUUUUCCCGUGUUUAGUUACCAGGUAACAGUAGAAAAUCUAAAGUUUGAUUCAACAAUGUGCUUUGAGUGUUUUACUUCAAAUUAUUUCAAGAAAUCUAGUUAGUGUUGAUAAACAGUAAUUAAUGCGCUAUUUACUUUGACAAAAUUUAGCAGUUUGAUGGACAUUUUUUAUGAAGGUGCUGAGCAGUUGAUGCCGGGCUCUUACGCCGUGACUUCAGUGAUCAGUUUCUGAGUUGUUCCGGACAUGAAGUUCAGAAGCUUGAGCAUGUACUGCCCAUUGUAAUUGUUUUGCAGUUGUACAUGUUCAGUUCAGCAUCAAAUCUAGAAUUUCAAUAAAAAGUUUUUAUCAAGAUGCUUCUUUUGGAAGACUUGGCAAGUUUGGUGAAGAAAUCUUUUAUCUGUAAUCUUCCAGGGGGAAGAUUAUCAUUUGUGCUGAAGUGUAAACGUAAACAAAAGCGGAAGUGUAAAAAGCCUUGAAAUGUUCACUAUGGCCAUCUACUGCUUAACACUUGUGACUGUAGUGAUGUUUUGAAAUCUUAUAGACUAGUCUGAGGUGACAUUGCUAUGUUGGCGCCACACAUGCACUUGUUCAUAAACUCCAGGGCCGUUUUCCAAUACUCAACUUCGGCUCCGUCUCAGGCUUCAACUGUUUUUUACUAGCUGACUUCAAAGCUGUAAGCACAGUAAUCAGUCUAAUAGUGCCAUCAUCAAAUAAGAACAUCAAAUGAGAUGCAAGAAAGCCAAAAAUUACAGUAAUCCAAUGUAAUUUAAACGCACACUUACGAACCGGACAGUCUCUAGACUAAUCGCGUGGCCAUAGUUAAUGCUAUCACUGGUCAUUUGUAGUGGCCCGCACCAGUAACAGUAUGCAUUGUGAUAACUGUUGUAAGGAACUGUUCUGUGACUGUCCCUCUGUGCAAAACCUGAUACAAUGCUUUCUGCCUUUUUCGGGGGGGGGGGCUGUGGGCAGUUUCUGUCAACAUAAUGGUUACAUGGUCAUAAAGUAGCC